UAAGCCACCCAUUCAUAUUUAAGUUAUUUUCUCAUCCAGGGAAGGAAACCUCCAGCUGAGAAAAAUGAAGCUGUCCUUCGUGGCUGCUGCUUUGCUGAUUUCUGUGCUCAGCACAGAUGCCCAGAAUAAUGUUCCAAAUCCACCACCUCCACCUCCACCCCCACCUCCACCCCCAGGGUACUCUGGGUACCAGAGCUACAGCGCUCCCGCAAACUAUAAUCCACAGCCCGCUGAUCCUAAUAAUGUUCCAAAUCCACCACCUCCACCUCCACCUCCACCUCCACCCCCAGGGUACUCUGGGUACCAGAGCUACCGUGCUCCCGCAAACUAUAAUCCACAGCCCAAUGAUCCUAGACCUCAUGGCUUCCCUGCUUCUCCCCAAGCUGGCUAUUCUGGCCCACCGGGGAACCCUGGCUACAAGAACGAUGCUUAUUUUGUAAACCCUAAUCCACAGUAUCCUCCACCUCCACAUUGGUUCCCUAGAGACUUUAGCCCACCAGAUCGUGAUCAAAUGGAAAAUCUGCUUGCUUCACUCUUGGAGAAACCAUUCGAAAUAUUUGAGAAAAUAAUGGAAAUGUGGAAAAGAAAUGGUGCCCGGAGGAAGCAUUGGCGCCGCCAACGUGGUCGUUCUCAAUACUAUGCUGGUCAAGGUUUCCCUGGUCCUCCCCAAGGCGUCUAUGGUCCUCCCCAAGGCUUCCCUGGUCCUCCCCAAGGCUUCCCUGGUCCUCCCCAAGGUGUCUAUGGUCCUCCCCAAGGCUACUUUGGUCCUCCUCAAGGCUAUCCUGGCUCUCCCCAAGGCUACUCUGUUCCAGGCCCUCAACCAGCUGGGGCUGCUGUCCCACCCCCCUCUGGCACACAACAGUCUAACUACGGGAGUCCACCUAAUCCUGGCAUGUAUAACUACUAUGGUUCAGUUCCCCAACAACAACCUUUCCCAGGACAACCUUUGCCUCCUGCCCCCAUACAAAAUGGGUCAGUCCCCUCUGCUUUUCCUAGUCCUCAAUAUUCUGCUGGCCCUGCACCAUUUGUCCCUCCACCAUCUGCCUCUGCUAACGCUGUUUCAUCUGGUGUUCAAAUGCCUGGUGAUUCCACCUUGCCUGCCUCUGGGAACUCUACUGAAAGGUUACCUGCCUACAAAGAUCAGACAAUUUAAAUAAAAUUUAAAAAAAAACCACUUGGAGAAUGAAUGCCAAUCCACUAACUACAUUUGCUGAGAAUAAAAUCCAGAGCCACCUCCUACAGUUUGUUUUUCUGGCUUCCAUAAUUUCUUCCUAGUCAAGGAUCAAAGCGAAAAUGGAACUUUCUUCUGAGAAGGGCUCCAGCGUUUAAAGUUCUUUCUGUUGAUUUGAGAGCAUUUUUUUCCUGAUUGUGAACACUGGUUACUCUACAAGAGUAAACAUUUUACAAAUAAAUAUAUCCAGCAUUA